AAAAAGAUGACAUCUGUCCGAUAACCAGGAUCUCCUGGUGGUAUUGGGAGGAUUGGUUCGACACGGAUUCCUCAGCUUGGAGCAUAUGCUUCAGCAUUUCGCAAAUCCUGGCAUCUUGUCGUUGCAGUACUUCACUGUGCUGCAAAGCCAGGUCCGGAAAAAGCUCCGUAUUUCUAAGCUUCCCUCUCCCUCUCUCUUGUUACUGACGGAGAGAAGGGCGCGUCGAGAGAGGGAAGAGCUCGGGUGUGUCUAGACUGGCGCAGGUUGGAAGCUUAAGGCCUAGAGGUUGGAGGUCAUUGCUGAACUCUUUCUCCUUUUAGUCGACCGAAACUAAGCCAUGGCGGCGGUGGUCGCUGCCGCAUCUGCUUGCGCUACAUCUCUUUCCUUGAGCUCUGCUGGUUGUCAGGGUCCCGCAGUGACUGCUACACAAAGAGCCGCUGCAACCAAACGCCUCGAGGCCUUCAAUUCCGAAAUAUGGAGGAAGUGUGCAUUUUCCAGCAACUCCACUGUCACCACGAGAACCAAGAUCUCUGGAGUUGGCGGAAUUGCAAGGGCCACAGCCGUUAAGGACUCUCCUACCCGUCCUUCCUCUCUGGUAGGAGAAUCAGGUGGAUCCGAAAAGAAAAGGGUUAUGAUUCUGGGAGGAGAUGGAUACUGCGGGUGGGCAACUGCUCUUCAUCUGUCGAAGAAGGGUCAUGAGGUGGCCAUCGUGGACAGCUUAGUCAGACGUCUGUUCGACGAACAGCUCGGAACUCAGACUCUCACACCCAUCGCCUCUCUCCAGAAGCGUGUAAAGAAGUGGAAAGACGUGUCUGGAAAUUCUCUGGAUGUGUACAUUGGCGACAUUUGCGAGUUUGGGUUUUUGGAGCAUGCUGUCAAGAGCUUUGAACCGGACACUGUGGUACACUUCGGCGAGCAGCGAUCGGCUCCAUACUCAAUGAUGGACAGGGACAGAGCAGUUUUUACCCAGCAUAACAACGUCAUUGGAACCCUCAACGUGUUAUUCGCUAUCAAAGAGUUUGCCCCAGAUUGUCACCUUGUGAAGCUGGGAACAAUGGGCGAGUAUGGGACUCCCAAUAUCGACAUCGAAGAAGGAUUCAUCACAAUUACCCACAAUGGGCGAACUGACACUCUACCGUACCCCAAGCAAGCCAGCUCUUUCUACCACUUGAGUAAAGUUCACGAUUCCCACAAUCUUGCAUUCGCCUGCAAAGCUUGGGGUUUGAGGGCCACAGACCUCAAUCAAGGUGUGGUGUACGGUGUACACACAGCAGAAACUGCUAUGGACGAGAUGCUCAUCAAUAGAUUGGACUACGAUGGAGUGUUCGGCACUGCAUUGAACAGAUUUUGUGUGCAAGCUGCUGUUGGACAUCCUCUGACUGUCUACGGCAAAGGAGGCCAGACAAGAGGCUACUUAGACAUCAGGGAUACGGUGAGAUGUUUGGAGCUGGCAAUACUGAACCCUGCCAAGACAGGUGAGUUCCGUGUUUUCAACCAGUUUACCGAACAGUUUUCGGUAAAUGACCUCGCCAAACUCGUGACCAAGGCAGGAGAAAAGCUUGGAAUUGAAGUGAAGACAUCCCAUGUGGAAAAUCCCCGUGUGGAAGCUGAAGAACACUACUACAAUGCCAAGCAUUCAAAAUUAGUGGAGCUUGGUCUUGAGCCACAUUUGCUUGGUGACGCGUUGUUAGAUUCUCUUCUAAAUGUAGCUGUGAAGUACAAAGACAGAGUAGAUUUUGAGCAGAUUCUUCCUGCUGUUUCAUGGAAGAAGACCGGAACCAAACCGAAGACUGUGAAGCCUAGUGGUUUGUAGUUUCAAUAAUUUUGAAAAGAACUCAUCGGGAGGAUAUCAUGAAGAAGAAAAGGCACAUUUCCCUGAGUAGAUCGAGAGAUUAAGACCAUGAUCCUUUAUAGAACCUACUCCCCCUAUCUAUUCGACAUGCACUAUCUACAGAUUUGUACAGUAACUUAUUCAGGCAAUACCUUUGAUCUCUUUGUUAGAGUAUCAAUGGAUAGCAGUUGUAAUGAGAUGUCUCAUGGUAAAGUUCACAAAAUGCAGUUUUUCCAUCGGACAAUGCUAUGGACUGGUUAUCAGCUCCACACAAAACAUACGUGAUUUUCACC